UAUUACAUCCCAUUGAUUAGACGCGAUACAAACUAUCCGCCUCUUGUCGCUGUUGUCUCCUGUGGUGUGCGCUAAAAGCCAGCCAAAAAAGCACUAAAAUGGCGCUUACUUCCCAAGGAACAAAGAAAAAAGUUUGCUACUACUAUGAUGGUGAUGUUGGAAAUUACUACUAUGGUCAGGGGCACCCAAUGAAGCCCCACCGAAUCCGCAUGACUCACAACCUGUUGCUCAACUAUGGACUCUACAGAAAAAUGGAGAUAUAUCGUCCACACAAAGCCAGCGGAGAAGAGAUGACCAAGUAUCACAGUGAUGAUUACAUCAAAUUCCUGCGUUCAAUUCGACCAGACAACAUGUCAGAGUACAGCAAACAAAUGCAGAGAUUUAAUGUGGGGGAGGACUGUCCAGUGUUUGAUGGUUUAUUUGAGUUCUGCCAGCUCUCAGGAGGGGGCUCCGUUGCUGGUGCGGUGAAGUUGAACAAACAGCAGACUGACAUUGCUAUCAACUGGGCUGGAGGCCUGCAUCACGCCAAGAAGUCUGAGGCUUCUGGCUUUUGCUAUGUCAAUGACAUCGUACUGGCUAUCCUGGAGUUACUGAAAUACCACCAGAGAGUUCUGUACAUAGAUAUUGACAUCCAUCAUGGAGAUGGUGUUGAAGAGGCCUUCUACACCACAGACCGUGUCAUGACAGUGUCCUUCCACAAGUAUGGAGAGUACUUCCCUGGGACAGGUGACCUGAGGGACAUCGGUGCUGGUAAGGGUAAAUAUUAUGCUGUGAAUUACCCGCUGAGGGAUGGGAUUGACGAUGAGUCAUAUGAAGCCAUAUUCAAACCUAUCAUGGCCAAGGUGAUGGAGAUGUACCAACCCAGCGCAGUGGUUCUGCAGUGUGGAGCUGAUUCACUGUCAGGAGACAGGCUUGGUUGCUUCAACCUCACCAUUAAAGGCCAUGCCAAGUGUGUGGAGUACAUGAAGAGUUUCAACCUGCCACUGCUAAUGCUGGGUGGAGGAGGCUACACCAUCCGUAAUGUGGCACGCUGCUGGACAUAUGAGACUGCUGUAGCCCUUGAUACCUCCAUCCCCAACGAGCUCCCUUACAACGACUACUUUGAGUACUUCGGACCAGACUUCAAGCUUCACAUCAGCCCCUCCAACAUGACCAAUCAGAACACCAAUGACUACCUGGAGAAGAUCAAGCAGCGCUUGUUUGAGAACUUGCGUAUGCUGCCCCACGCCCCGGGAGUCCAGAUGCAGGCCAUCCCCGAGGAUGCCGUACAGGAGGACAGUGGCGAUGAGGAGGAGGAUGACCCCAACAAACGCAUCUCCAUCCGUGCUCAUGACAAGAGGAUAGCGUGUGAGGAGGAGUUCUCUGACUCUGAAGAUGAAGGCGAGGGAGGCCGCAGAAACGCAGCCAGCUUCAAGAAAGCCAAGCGAGUCAAAACUGAAGGAGAGAAAGAGGUGGAAGAAAAGGAGAAGAAAGGUGAGGAAGAAACAAAAGAAGCAAAAGAAGAAGAGAAGGUGCCAGAGGAGGAGAAAAUGGACACAUCAAAGCCAAAAGAGGAGUCCAAGACACCUUGAGGUCCUCAGCAGCCAAUGAUGACAUUGCAACUGAUCAGAACGCAUCUUUUUUUUUUUUUUGGAUACAUCAUCUUUCCAGGCUGCUGCUGUGGAAAUCGGUGAAGAACUGUACCUUUUGUAAUGAGACCCCACUCCAUCAAAAUGGGGGCGGGGGAUCUAAAUAUUUUCUAGGACACCUUUUCAACCUUACCUGUUUAUGGACUGAGGUCAGACUGAGUGUUUCGUUUUUUUGAAUGCUUUUUCAUUUUUUAUUAAUCUUUUUAUUCUGUGACACUUGCUUUUCCCUUGUGAUGCAACUCUGUAAAAAUGAUUUAGUACAUGUAUGCUUUUAUAUAUCUGACGGAUUUAAUUUAUUUAAAUCAUAGAUAUUUUGGCUACUGUUGUCUUUCAAUCCCACUUUAGUCAUGUCUUUAAAUAUGUAGUUGAAGCAUGUUUAUACAAUAGAUCCUUUUCUGUAAUACAUUGUGUAACUGGUCUUGCCUGCUAAAGGUCCCCAAGCGUGGUUAAGAGGGUUGUGUAUACCUGAAUACCUUUUUACAUGGCACAGUAUUAAUAAAUUACAGUCCUGUAUUGUAGGUUGUAAUUUAGUAUGUGUCCUUUACACAUUGACAUCUUCAAAUUUCUGGGACUCCUUCCACACAAUAGACCUUUUCGACGGCAGACAUGUUGACAUGUCAUAGUAGGAAAAGCACAGGUGUAUUCAAAACCAUUAAUGAUGGCUGCAUUCCACUUAGGAGAGGCCCUGGUAUUGUGCAUGCUGACUCACUGAAACAGCUUACUGGGACACUUGAUGGAAUUGAGCCAUUGUUAAGGUUAUCACUUUCAGCUGUGCUUUUCCUACUAUAACAAGUCAACAUGUCUGCUGUGAAAAAGGUCCAUAUUGAAAAUGUUUGAGUCCUGUAACGUCACUGCUGGUGUCAGGCUUUGAUUCCAGAGUGUAGUGUUCUGUAAAAUGGGAAGCAAGACAAACACCAGAAUCCAUUUGUUGUAUAUAUUUGUAUUCUGAAAACAUGAGUAAAAGUGUCAUUUAAAUCUGUCAGACCUCCAGUGUGCGUUGACCACACUUUUAACAAUAAAAAAAUGCCCCAAAAAA